UAAGUCUUCUACUGCGCUUGCGUUUAGUGGGACUCAGUCUCUCUGAGUGUUGUGCCUGCUGUAUUGUCAAUGUAGGAUUUCUGAUUCACUGUGUAGGAUAUCCACGUUUCUCAUGCGACCUGUCGACUGAGGCACAACCGGACACAUAUCUAGUGGGUUUGUUAAGAUACGUGCUUGCAGUAGAUGGGUCGACAGUUAGUAACAACGCCAGGAGCUUAUCAAGAUUCAGCUGUAAAUGCAUCACAAAUUGAAAUACCACAAUGAAGAAAACAAGCAGGUCUGCUGGUGUGGUUCCUAAAGCACCAGGGACGAGUAAAACCCAGACUGUUGAGAAACUUAAAACAGAGAACAGUUCUUCUGUAGGAACUCAGACAAAGUCUUCCAAAGCAGGCACUGCAGCUUCUCUUUCCAAGACCAAGAGUAACGACGACCUCUCAGCUGGGAUGGCUGGCGGACUGACAGUGACGAAUAACGUUAAGACCAAGAAAAGCACCUGCAUAGGAUUAACAUCAUCUGGGGGUCCCACGAAUAAUCCUGAAAGUAAAUCUAGGAAUCCUGCAGGUGCAAACCCUACUGUUAAGAGAGCCAACGCUGCAGGGUCUAAAGAAUCCAGCUCUUCCAGGGAAAGAUUACGAGAUCGUUCCCGGCCUGGUACUGGUAAAAAACAGUCAUCCUCUGGGCAGAACAUUAAUGAUGCAGCAAUAUCCAAACGUUCUCGUAAUCGCAUUUCAGUGGAGUCUGAAACUCGCAUGAGCAAAUCCAAAUCAGAUAAUCAGAUCCAUGAUAAAGCAGCUUUGGAAGCUAAAGUAAAAGACCUGUUGACACUAGCCAAAAAUAAAGAUGUUGAGAUUAUGCAUCUGCGAAAUGAACUCCGAGAUAUGCGCACUCAGCUGGGCUAUGGUGAGGAUCAGUCUGAAACAGAUGAAAAGUCAGAGGUUGAACACAAAGAGCCUGUUCAUCAGCCAACCGAUGUAGAACUGACACUAAUCCAGUUGCAAGAUCAAAAUACUGCCUUCAGGGAGGAGUUGAAUCAGUUAAAAAAUGAAAAUCGAAUGCUUAAGGACAGGCUAAAUGCUUUAGGGUUUUCUUUAGAACAGAGGUUAGAUAAUACAGAAAAGCUCUUUAACUAUCAGUCUUUGAGCCCUGAGAUGGCGGCUGGUAGCCACAGUGAUGGUGGUGGCACUUUUGCUUCAUCUGUUGAGGGUUCUGCUCCAGGCUCCAUGGAAGACCUGUUGAGUCAGGAUGAAAAUACGCUGAUGGAUGCUCAACGCACUAAUUCCAUAGAUAAUUUGGACAGUGAAUCUAGUGAAGUUUACCAACCUCUCACCUCAAGUGAUGAUGCUUUAGAUGCCCCUUCAUCUUCAUCAGAGUCUGAAAGUGCACCAAGCAGGGAACGAACUAGAAAAGGAAGCAGUGGAAAUGUAAGUGAAGUUUCAGUGGCCUGCCUGACAGAGCGAAUACAUCAGAUGGAAGAGAACCAACACAGCACAUCCGAGGAACUUCAGGCCACACUUCAGGAACUUGCAGAUCUGCAACAGAUAACUCAAGAACUGAAUGGGGAAAAUGAAAGGCUUGGUGAGGAGAAAGUAAUUCUUAUGGAUUCUUUGUGCCAGCAAAGUGACAAAAUUGAGCAUUACAGUAGGCAGAUAGAGUACUUAAGAGCCCUUCUUGAUGACCAUCACAUCUCUUACGUUAUAGAUGAAGAUGUGAAAAGUGGGCGAUACCUUGAACUAGAACAGCGUUACAUGGAGGUUGCAGAAAAUGCCCGCUUUGAACGCGAGCAGCUUUUAGGUGUUCAGCAGCAUCUGAGUAACACUUUGAAAAUGGCCGAGCAGGAGAAUAAAGAGGCUCAGGAGAUGAUUGGAGCUCUGAAAGAACGCAACCAUCACAUGGAUCGUAUUAUUGAUACAGAGCAAAAAAACAAAGCUUCACUAGCAGCAGCCUUAGAUGAGUACAAAGUCACAGUGGCCAGUGAUCAGAUAGAAGUUAAUAGACUGAAAUCUCAGUUGGAGCAGGAAAAACAUAAAGUGACUGAGCUCUAUUCUCUCCAUAAUUCUGGUGACAAAACUGACUUACAUGAGCUGCUUGAGAGUGUCAGGAUAGACAAAGAGAAAGCAGAAUCACUCUCCACGAAUUUGCAGGAAGAGUUGGCGCAUUCCCACAAUGACGUUAAUCGUUUACAAGACACCAUUGCCAAGGUUGAAGAUGAAUAUCGAGCUUUUCAAGAAGAAGCUAAGAAACAAAUUGAAAAUCUAAAUCUGACGCUGGAAAAACUUCGUGCAGAUCUAGAAGAAAAGGAGACUGCAAUCAGUGACAUGAAAGAGACCAUUUUUGAACUGGAAGAUGAGGUGGAGCAACACAGAGCGGUGAAGCUUCAUGAUAACCUUAUUAUAUCCGACUUGGAAAAUACUGUGAAAAAGCUGCAAGACCAUAAACAUGACAUGGAACGAGAGAUUAAAACACUAAAUCGAAGACUGAGAGAAGAGUCUGCUGAAUGGCGCCAGUUCCAAGCUGACCUGCAGACCGCUGUUGUCAUUGCAAACGACAUUAAAUCGGAGGCACAGGAGGAGAUAGGAGAUCUAAAGCGCAGACUGCAUGAAGCUCUGGAGAAAAAUGAGAAGCUUUCCAAGGAAAUGGAAGACUUGAAGUCACGCAAGCAGGAUGAGGAAAGAGGUCGUGUGUACAACUACAUGAAUGCAGUGGAGAGAGACUUGGCAGCUUUAAGGCAAGGAAUGGGACUGAACCGUCGAUCAUCCACAUCUUCAGAGCCAUCACCCACUGUCAAAACGCUCAUCAAAUCAUUUGACAGUGCAUCACAAGUUGUUCCUAAUGCUGCUGCAACAGCUGCUGCUGCUGCUGCUGCUGCUGCUGCGAUUACUCGUACUCCUUUAAGUCCAAGCCCCCUGAAAACUCCACCUGCUGCAGCAGUCUCACCUAUGCAGAGACAUUCCAUAAGUGGACCUAUAUCGACCACAAAACCCUUGUCUUCAUUGGCAGAUAAGCGACCGAGCUAUGCUGAAAUUCCUGUUCCAGUGUCUCGUAGAAGCAGUGAAGAAAUGAAACGAGACAUAUCUGUUCCAGAUGGUACUUCCUCAGCAUCCUUAUUGGCAAUGGGGGCAACAUCACCUCUGACAUCUUCCUCUCCAACAGCUUCUGUCACACCAACCACUCGCAGUCGGUUAAGAGAAGAAAGGAAAGAUCCCCUUUCUGCACUGGCGAGGGAAUAUGGUGGCUCAAAGAGAAAUGCUUUGUUAAAGUGGUGCCAGAAGAAAACUGAAGGUUACCAGAACAUUGACAUCACAAACUUCAGCAGCAGCUGGAAUGAUGGUUUAGCUUUCUGCGCCCUUUUGCACACGUACCUUCCUGCUCACAUUCCUUAUCAUGAGCUCAGCAGUCAGGACAAGAAGCGGAAUUUCACCCUGGCCUUUCAGGCAGCUGAAAGUGUUGGUAUCAAGUCCACAUUGGAUAUCAAUGAAAUGGUGCGAACAGAACGUCCAGACUGGCAAAGUGUCAUGUUCUAUGUUACCUCUAUCUACAAGUACUUUGAGACCUGACAUAGUUAAAUGUGUCAGUACAGUGGACUUAAUGGAGAAGGCUAUGGUUAGCAGAUACAAGCAACUCGGUAACACUAAGCCCCACUUCGCUGCGCACCAGCAUUAUAUAGCCUUACUACUCAGUAUUGUACAUAAAAUGUUAUAACACUAUUGUGGGCUUCUGCAUCAGUGGUCAUUUGAAACCCAGGCAUCUGAAAAAGGACUACAAUAUGGAGAGGAUUUUUUUGGAUGUCCUUGAAAAGCUUCUUCAAGGGGAAGCCAUGGAAUGGUGGCAAGGACAUAUUGUUGUCUUGCUAAGGAUCAUUCUGGAUGUAACAUGCUGUUUCUAUUUCCUUUUUUAACUUUGUUUAAUACUGCUUUUGUAUUACAUCUAAAUCAGUGCUGAAGCA